AUGAGGAGGAUCAAGAAGCAAUCCAAAUCAACGGCCAUCGAGGAUCGAUUUGGAUCCUCUGUGAUCUUCCCUGUCACUGGGAAUGUCUAUCCUAAAGGGUACUAUCAAGUGACACUUAACAUAGGCCACCCAUCCAAAUCUUACUUUCUUGAUAUGGACACUGGCAGUGACCUCACCUGGCUUGAGUGUGAUGCACCUUGUACCAAAUGCACUCCAGUAAUUGUCAAUUCUUCAUUUUUUUUCCAUACAUGCAAAAUCACCCUAAAACUAUUGCCCAUAGUCCAUAACCUCUUUGUGUUUGUGUGUGCAGGCCCCUCACACUCUUUACAAGCCAAACAAAACGUUGUCACAUGUAAGGAUACCCUCUAUGGUUCUCUUCACUGGCCUGGUAACCACCCUUGCGAAACCCCUGACGAGCAAUGUGACUACGAGGUCCAGUAUGCUGAUCAUGGUUCAUCUAUGGGUGUCUUGGUCAAAGACUCAUUUCCUUUAAGAUUCAUCAAUGGUAGUAUUGUUGGUCCCCGCCUAACAUUCAGGUUGGUUGCUUGA